AUGCCUCCGCUACUGGCUCAACUGAAGCCUCCUUAUCCUUCUUUCAAAGCUGAUAGUUCACAAGUGCAAAGAAGAACAACAUCAUCAUCAUUGAAAGCAAGCUUCAACUUCGCGCCUGCGCUGCUCGUUGCUGCAGUGAUAUUCACGUCAUCUCCCCUUGACUCGCCUGAAACCUUCUCCAAUGUCCCGCAAACACUCUCCGGAGAAGAUAAGAAGCAAGCAAGGAUCCAGAGGCCUAGAUCCAGAAAGGCUGAGUCAUGCACAACCAAGUGCGUUGGCACGUGCAUCCGUGGCGGAGCUGGCUCACCAGGAGAAGGCCCUCUCAAUGUGAGGAGGCCCCUAGUGGUUUUCAAGCAAGGAUUUCGGAGUCGGAAAUACUGUUUGGUGGAAUGCUCCGAUAUCUGCAACCUGGUCAAAGAGGAUGACUAUGAUUGGCCUUAAUGACACAUACAUAGCAUAGACAUGCAUAGAAGUUGAAAGAUUCGGUUCUCACAAGAUUGAGCAAAUUGUUACCGCGAAAUUUUGUGUCGUAGUUCUCCUCUUAAUCCUCAUGAAACCAGGUAAAAUGCUCAGAGAAACACCAAGAUGACAGUUUGAAAACUUUGUACAGGUUUUGCUUGCAUUUGAUGCAGAAAAUGCUUGCGCAGAAUCUUGCCAAUAGUUUGUAAUAACUCCUGAUUAAGUAGGUAAAUAUCUUUAUUUUGCAUGUUAUUAUUCAAAAACAAACAUAAA